AAGAGGCGUUACGCAGUGCUUUUACGAAUUUCUACCCAUCACGACCGGCCCGCGACUCCUAACUAUAAAGUGUCGGCUUCGUAUCAAAGGUGGUUCCUAACCUCCUGCAAAUGUAUCCAACUUACGAGGGAGGAUCUACUCCAGAUGCUAUAAUUCACCAAGUUCCAUGAAUGAAGCAGACGCUUCGAGAAGUGUCGUCUGCUAGGAUAUCCGCUCGCAGAAGACCAGCCGAUCAACAUGGCGGCCCAACCGCUGUAUGAGAAAAGGUUGUUGUUUGGCGCCACGGUGUGCACCAUCGUGGCCUUUGUCUUUCAGUUGGUGGCAAUAUGUACGAACAAUUGGCUAGUUCUGUCCGUGUCCGGAGACAUCGGCGCUAAUGUUACAGGACAGUUCUUGGUGAGUGCCAGAGCGGGGCUGUGGAGGGUGUGUCGGGAGGUGAUUUCCAUAGAAGUGGUGGAGAAUGGUCACUUGGUGGAAACAAAAAGUGAUGAAUGCUUCUCCCACAACUUGUUUCCCACGGAGGAAGAGAUGCGGGUUGGAAAUCAUCGGGACAGUCAGUACAUGGGCAACCUGGACUACACCAGGACAGCCAUUGCAUUCACAAUCAUCGCCAUCAUCGUCAUAAGUCUGGGUCAUUGCUUCGCCUUCUACACGUUACGUCGUCCGAGGUACAUCAUCAAGAGACUGACGGCGUUACUUCAUCUUAUGGCAGGUGGCUGUAUCCUCGUGCUGAAUGAAGUCUUCUCGAAGAGCACACAGCACGAGAAGCGGCCCACGGAUCUGCAGUUGGCGGGAGAGUCGCAGACGUCAUACGGGUACUCGUUUGUUUUCUCCUGGAUGGUCUUCGUUGUCUUCAUCAUCGUGGGACUGAUAUUCUUGUUUACGUCGCACAAGCGGAAAGCGGAAAUGGCGGACGUUGAUGAUGUUCUGGCUCAAGAGGACGAACCGAUGCAGUUGGGUCGUGUGUAGCAGCACGUGCAGCGUGGCCGAGUCUACAGGAGCUUUCAAAGACCCAAAGGAUGGUGUGGUGCACGUGUCACUGCCUGAGCGUUUUACAACCUUAACACCGCACAUUGGAUACUGUCUAUGGAUCGCGAUCGCGAUCGAUUUAUAUAUAGGCAGGUCAAACAGCAGCAGUGAAGGGUGUCCAAGUUACCAGGAGAUUUGAAGACAUUAAACCUAGAUCGUAUGGGUAAUGGUAUACGAAAAGUACCAUAAAACCAAAUCAGGUUCUAAAAUGAACCGUUUGGCUCUGCGUGUUAUAUUAAACAUCCCAAAAUGUUUACAUAGUGUGUCAAAUUAUUUUAUUUUAUUUUUUCUCCACAUUAUUCCUUGCUGGAGGCAAAUAAUUCGCCACUGAGUUUCCCAGACCUACGUCAGCAAACAUUAUGUUGUCAGGUUCCUUUUCAAUACAUUAUUGUUUGUGUUUCGUUUCAAAGGUAAAUUUUGGUUUCCAGGCUGCAUCAGUUUGGAAUAAUACUAGUAUUUAUUUUCUUUAUAUAUGUGCAAAUCAAUCUUUCCACACAUUUGUUGUCUAUAUUUCAGUAUCACUUGAACGAACAUUGUUUUAAUUGUGUAAACUUUAAUUAGUUGAUGAUAGACAGCUUAACAAAACAGAGCGAAUGUAAUAUCACAUACAUAGGUACCCAUAACCAAGGUGUAAUUGUCUAUCGAUGCCAAUGGUUUGUUUUGUUGAGCAGUCUUAAGCCAGUUGCGUGUUUAAUAGUCCGAAUUCUUCAUUAAACCGGUACUGUUGUCAAAUGGGCUUCGAGAAAACAAUGAGAAACCAAAUGAGCCAGAUAGUUGUCCAUGUUUCAUUGGUUAUUGGGCCAGGUCCAUGAGACAAUAUUAAGAAUGUGGUGCUUUUGAAUCGUUGACCGACACAAUAUAAACAUACACAUACAUUGAUCACAUACACAUGCAUGCACGCUGUCCUGGACAUAGGUUUCAGCUCAACUGGGCUGUCUGUACAAGAGUGAGAUUAAUACGUAUUGGAGAGACGUCGAUGUGUGACCAGACCCCUUCCACCGACCUGAUACUCCCGUCCAGUAGGUACUUUCUACUUCCAGUCUCGGAGGUUUGCGAAACGUUUUUAAAAACAUUCUCUUUCGCGUCAUUGUUUCGUUUCAUUGUCUCAGAAUGAAAAUCGAUCGUCAGGCUUUGCUGUACGUAAACACAAAAUAGUAAAGAAUGGUAAAUCAAUUUGCGAGAACAUAAUGUUUCUUUGCAUUCCUGUAGGGUUAUACAUAGAGUAACGUUGUCGGAUGUAUCUAUAUGGAUGUACUUGUUCACGUGUACUUUGAAUACUUUCAGUAGAACGGCUUUGCUUUAGAUUGAUACAUAAUAUUCAAACCUACUUGACAAAAUGGUCGGUUAGUUCAUUAUUAAUCAAUAUAUUAUGUACUGGUCAUAAUACCCUAUUAACGUGUGUUUAAAGAACAGUACUAUUAGGCUCACGUUCAAUGCAAUAGCAAUGUUCGUAUUAAUACAGAUGUCUCCGAUUUCUAAACAGAACCAAAACCAUUUUGAAACGGGUUGUUUCUUGGUUGACUGUUAUUUAAUAUUGUUAUCACACAUAUAUAUAAUAUAAUCUGGUGCUAGACUUGUACGUAGACAUCGAAUGUUUAGAUGUUUAGAGACAGAUACCAGGUCUGAUGUGAAGAUACAGUUGUGAACGUUCACUACUGUCAGAAAGUUCUGUCAGUUGUGGACUUUCAUUGCGUGUAUUCCGGGUAUAUAAUCCAGCAGCUCGAAGGUCGUUGUUAUUAAGAGAAGGGAUUGUUUCGUUAUGGAUGACUAGGGGAUAAGACAUGCUCCAUGGGGCGAUUUUCUAUAACAUGGUUUAAAUCAAGAUGAAUUAAUAUCGCAAUCAUUUAUAUUAAAACUAUCAUACGGCAUGGCGAGAUCUUGAGCCAUUUAAAGGUCGGGUUCCAAGUUAUGAAUAGUAAGUGAAUUUCUAAAGUCGGGAUAAUGGUCAAUACAUUUCACAAAAAGGCAUAGCAUUGUUUCGACAUCAUUGUUUUCUUGUUUACUUACUAAUCACUUAAUGCAGAAAUUACUACAUACAUUGAGAUUAUUAACAAGUCCAAUACUGGCACUCAUCUACAGCCACGCUAUUCGCGUACCGAUGUUAGUACAGAAGUCCCAAGACAAAGCACAGUGGUUAUGUAGUACGGGGACCGCUCUAUUGUCAGAAGGUUCAAUGGUCCGAAGGUUCAAUAGUCCGGGGUUAGGUCUAUAAACCUUCGAACUACUGAACCUAGGGUUAGGGUUAGUGUUGAACCUUCGGACCACUGAACCUUCGGACUAUAGAGCUGUAACCAUGUAGUACAAACAAUGCGCAUUGUGUAGCGCGUGCAUAUCAUCUUCUGUUUGCGUAUUAGUAACACAAAAUAUUGAGAGGACAUAAAUGAUUGGCUUUCGGUUGACAAGCUAAAUCUGUUAUCGCUCAAAUUCCAACAGCAAAUGUUGCACGCAGCUAAAACUAAUAUUUGUUUUCUAUGCAAAUUUGAGGUUUUUAAUAUGUUGAAUUAUACAUGUACUAACUGUGUUUCCAACUAGUUCCAUAUUCAUGUUUUAUUGCCUGUAACUUGAUACUUUUUGGGGUGCAACGUUUGGUUUUUGUUCUGUACAUAUUUUAUUUUAAUGAUGUUUGCUUGUUUGUUCUCUACAUUAAGAACAUGUACAUAUUAAAAUGUUGAACCUCUUUGAAAAUAGUGCACGCUCUGUUUAUUGUGUUGUAGAUUUUAGAAACAAUACUUGACUUGUAAUGCUAUCAUUUAUUCUGUAUUCCAUGUUUGAACAUUGAAAUACAAAGUAAUGGUUGAUAUUGGUAUGGGAAGAUCUGUUUCAAGGAGACAAGGUGGUAUGGUCCCUGGAAGGUUGGGGUGUGUGUGUGUGUGGGGGGGGGGGGGGUUAUAUCUUAGAUGCAGCUCUUUUAUCGGCUCCAUGGUCACAUUUAAAUUCAGGUGGCGUCAUGGCGGUGAAUGGCUCUGGCCUCCUCCCAGAGGCUUUCGCGGUUUUCAACAAGCCAUUGUUAGCUGAAACUGUAAACACAUUUAGGGCCGAAUUUACGAAGCCUGUUUUUCUUAAACGCAGGUGUUCAAGCAUUGUAAAUGUAGGUAGUUACAAACGCAGGUGUUCAAGCAUUGUAAAUGUAGGUAGUUACACAUAAACAGGCUUUAUAAAUUCGGCCGAUAUUGUUUUAUUAUGAAUUUCCGUGUACUGUUCGAUGUUUAAGUUCUUCAAACGCCAGUUGUGUGUCUUACAUUCUGGUUGAGAACGUGUUGAGAAAUGACAUAACAUUGGCGUGUUACCAGUGUGCAAAACGCUUUCCACGGUGUUGCUCUCCACACUUCACUGAACGCGGGUCAGUUCUACAUAUUAUUGAUUUUACUCAUUGUAUUUUUGAUAUUUGUCUCAAUAUUUUUACGUGAAGUAUAAUCGAUAAGUAAUAUAUGUAUGUAUGUAUAUCUAUGUAAAUACGUAAUUUUGUUACUGGAAUAGCCAGGCCAAUGUGUAAUGUAUUUCGGUCGAGGAAAGGAAGAUUGUUAAACAAACUAGGGAGACAAGUAUAUGUGUUCUAAGGAAAGGAAAAUAUUACACUAGUUAGUCGUCUAAUAUAAUGUUAACUGGUAAUCAACUUCGGUUUAGCCUCAAAAGAAUGACAGUUAGGGACGAAAUCGUGAAUUUUGUGAUAGCUAGGAACGGAGAAUAACCCAAUGGCUCCACCGUAAAGGAAUGACCUUAGGGUUUAUUUUACGCUUCGCGUGGCAGGGGAGAAUCCAAGAUUUGUUUUGUGGGGGGUUGGGGGGGGGGGGGGGGGGCGCUGCAGUUCAGAAAACGGCAUUCUCUGUGAUAUCAGUUUUGUUAACUUAUUGAAACUAUGGAUGGGAAGUGUUAGUGGAGGUCUUUAAACCCCCAAAACAUUUUGAGUCGGGAGAGGUGGCCACUGCUUUCCUAAAUAUAAACAAAUAAAUAAUGCUGUUCAUUUAAACGAAUAAAAUAUAAUGUGAUAUAUUGCUCCGCUUAAAACUCGCCACAGUGCUUGUCUUUCUUUCUACCUUGGAUUUUGUUUCGACUUUUUAAUUUGAAAAUCGAUGAUAUAGAUGUACAUAAUGUACUUACUAUCCUACUGUAUAUCCAUGCGAGAGUUGGCGUUCUACCAUUGAAGACACUGCCCCGAGCUUGGAGCCACUGUUUCUCACUAAUAGAGAUUUAAAAACCAAAAUUACAUAUUAAAUUCAUUUUGUUUAGAACGUCAGACUUUGUGUAUACACAAUGUGUUUCUGGCCAUCCUGAUGUUUGUAGUAGCCCAAGCUGGAUUUUACCUCUCAUUAAUUUUAUAUGCACCAAAAUAUAUACAUAUUAGGUUGUCAAAUGAAGUUUGAGCUUCUACCAACAUUACGACGACUGAACACAUUAUCUAAUUUUAGUCGUUAAAAAUGUAGAAAAAUCCAGUCACUUUUAAGUAUUUAUUUUGAAGACAAAAUAAUCAAUUUACCAACUGUUUAUUUACCCAAAUGCAAGGGCGAAUUUAGGAAAUAUUUUCAAGGGGGAACCAAAGUCAAAAUGCCACAUAUACUGAAAAGAACACCCUAUCAUACGCAGUCUGUCUACCAUCCGUUAAAUGUAAUUUACUGAAAAAUGAUGUUUAAAGGUUAUAUUUGUGUACGAAAUGAUGGUCCUAAUAAUUCGUACCAGCCUGAGCCUAAACUUUUUCUUUCUUCUUUCUUUUUUAUAACUUGUGUUUGGAUUGGUGUAAAAACAAAAGGAAAAGUGUUUUGGAAGUAACACAAAUGUUCCAUUUUUAUCUUUAUUUUUUAACGUGAAUCCAAGCUCAAAUUAGUGACCAAACCCACAUCUAAUGGCGGGUAAUACAUGGUUUAGAAGGUCCUAUUGUAUUUAAUGACACAUUAAUGAGGUAAAAAUGUGCACGUCAAGGUUAAUUUGGUAAAUGCCCUAGAUGUGGUACAUGUUGAACACACACAUACGUGCGCGCGCCUCAUCUGAAAAUGGCCACUUGCAACAUUAAAAUUGUAUACAAAUUGUUAAAAUAAAAAGGUACUUGGGACGUGGAGAGGCUCCCUCUCCCUUUUGAUCCUCCCUUGCAGUCCACAGAAAACGUAUUCUUUAAAUCUUAAUAUAUAUUUAAAAGUUGUGAGAUUUGGGUGGGUUAUUUAUUGUUGUCUGGGGGUUGGAGGGGUAAUUUUGGCAUUAUUAUAUUAUAUUUUUGGGUAUAAAUUAUUGUCUUUUGUCUGAUUCAUCAAAACCGACAAAUUUGUUGUAGGAUAAAAUACACCUUUAUUCCACAGGACCGGCCUCGGUGGCGUCGUGGCAGGACAUCGGUCUACAGGCUGGUAGGUACUGGGUUCGGAUCCCAGUCGAGGCAUGGGAUUUUUAAUCCAGAUACCGACUCCAAACCCUGAGUCAGUGC